GAUUCUCCAUGACCGGCAUGUCUAACCUUUACCUAACCAUGAUGAUGUGGGUUCUUUUCCUGCCGAUCUUCGAAUCUCGCCUCCUUCUUAAAACAGAACCGAAGCACACAGGAGCCCUGAAGCUCCAAAUCACCCAGAGGGGGCUGACUUAUGUGAAGGACGUGGUGAUAGAGAUGCUGCUGUCACAACUGAGGAAGCAGCCGAUCCCAGAUCAAAGCAGCAGAUACAACGUGCCCAUGCUGGGAGAAGUCUCCAUGUGGUUUUCAAACACCCAAAUCGAACAACUUCAGGUGAAGGAGUCGAUGGCUUAUUUUGACAAAGACAGAGGCAUCAGACUGUCCAUCCAAAAAGCUCACGUUCUGUUCAGUAGCAACUGGAAGAUAAAACAUUUAUUUGGACUGGAUAACGGCAUAGUUCAGGCCAACAUCAGUCAACUCUCCCUCUCGGUCCUGCUUGGACUGGGCACGGACUAUGACGGACGGCUCCUGCUUCGGCCACUCAGUUGCGCGGCUAACAUUCCGGACCUUCAGUUGACGUUUUUUGGGCCAAACAGCCACUUCUACAAUUUGGUCUCUCAAAGUUUCAAGAAGGCCCUGAUCUUCGAUCUACACCAGGAGGUAUGCAUGGAGGUCAUUGAAUCCAUUUACGCUUUUUCACGGCAUUUGAGUAGCACAAAUUCCCAGGUCCAGAUAGACUCCGUAGCAGGGAUCAGCUACUCCUUGGUGAGCAAACCAGAAAUUGAAGAGGAUCGAUGUAAUCUGGACAUCAAGGGGAAAUUCUUCUUGUUCAAACAGCGCCAAGCAAUCUCUCUCGCGCCCAUCCCCAUCUUCCUACCCAACCGGUCACGCUCCAUGAUUGUAAUUGGGGUCUCCGAUGUUUUGGUCAACUCAGCAGCUUUUGUAUAUUUUAUUGGAAAUAAAUUACGGGUGAAAUUAACCGAAGAGAUGAUACCCAAAAGGUCCCCAAUUCGCUUGAAUACCCAAAGCAUGGGAUACUUUUUACCCGAGCUGAGGAGGUGGUUUUCACCAAUGCCCAUGGAGCUGCACCUGGCAGCCCGGAAGGAGCCGGAGCUGCACUUCCACCCUGGGGGUCUGGAUGCCAUCGUCCUGGGCCGGCUGGAGGCCUUUGUGGUCCGGCCCAAUAGCAGCCUGAUGAACGUAUUCACCCUCAACAUCGACUGCAACUUCACGGCAAACAUCCUUUUGGAGGGCGUCCAUUCGGGCAACUUCUUUGCCAAAAUUGGGGGCUCGUUGGUCCUCCGAGGAUGCGUUAACGAGGGCAGUGACUUACAACCAGACCUCACACACUUAAAAACCGUUGCAGCAUCCCACAAUCACCUUAUAAAAAUUAAGAUGCCCGACAAUCCGCAGUUUGCGUUUGUCUCCGUGGUGGACCUUAAUCGGCGAGGUCAAGGUGUCCCCUCUGGAGAGCUUCCUGAAGUUAGCCGUGCGUUUGGCAUUAGCCGCGAAUGA